AUGGAAGAAGAAGAAACUCAAAUUAUGUAAUUAAGAGAUUCAGAUUCUGAAGAUGAUCUAAUUCCUUAAUUUAAAAUUAUGUCAUUAAGAGAUGGAAUACAUAAAAAGGUUUAAUUGCUUACUAAUCAUAGUAAUAAUAAAUCACAUUUUAGAAAAUAAUAACAAAAUCUUAUUGAAUAGAAAAAUGUGACUAACUAUUAUUAAUAAGUUAAUUCCUUACUUUAUGAUUUAAGAAAACAAUAUUUAGAAAAAGUGGAGAAAGAAAAAAAUUAGAUUGUAGAAGAAUGA